GGAGCUGUGGGAGCGCAGCAGAGAGAGAGCCAGCCUACCUACAUGCUUAUUGUGUCAAUCUUUAAAAGACAAUUAGUCGCAGCAUCAUCUAAACCUUUCCCCCCAACUCCGGCUGGGUGAGGUACAUCUCUUUUUGGGGGAAACAAGUGUUUCAUUCGGCUCAAGAAAAGGCAGGCAUCCUCAUCCUUAACAAUGACUGACAGGAAAGCUGUGAUCAAGAACGCAGACAUGUCGGAGGACAUGCAGCAGGACGCGGUGGACUGUGCCACCCAGGCCAUGGAGAAGUACAACAUAGAGAAGGACAUAGCAGCCUACAUCAAGAAGGAGUUUGACAAGAAGUAUAACCCCACCUGGCACUGCAUUGUCGGGAGGAACUUCGGCAGCUACGUCACCCACGAGACAAAGCAUUUCAUUUACUUCUACUUGGGCCAAGUGGCCAUCUUGCUCUUCAAGUCCGGCUGAGACGUUUCUGAUGAGUGUUGAGGAGUUUUGCUCCCUGAACCUAAAUCGGAAAAAUGCACUGGUGGCUGAUGUCUCCCAUACACUAAUAACGACAUACCAUAAUGAUGCAAACCCGGCCCUGCGCAAUUGCAUGGACUAUACACUAUUUAAUAUGUAUGUUACAGUAAGUUUACUUUUCGAUAGUUGCCAUUUGAAUGCAACUGAAGUAGUUUUUGUUAAUGCUGUUAAAUUCUAGGUUGUAAAAGAUUUCAACGUGGCCCUUGAUUGUAUAAUAAAGGAAAGCUGUAGAAUGUAGUGGUGCAUCUGCUUUCCUUCACAAGUGGCAUUGCCAGACCCUGUUAUGAGACUCCAUCUGUCGGUUUAGAUGGUAAAAUCAUACCGUGUGCACCAGUUUAACAAUUCAUUCUCAAGAUUUUAACGUGUGAUCAUGAAUAGAAGUUGAACAGUGGGGCAAAAUAGUCUUCACAUGAUGAGUUAUUUGACGGCUGUCCUUUGGUUUGAACGUAGACAAACAGCAUGGAAUCAGUUUAUUACUGCUAUUUUUUUUAAUUUAAAGUAAUUAUGUUGUCUGCAGUGCAAAUGCAAAACCUUUUAAUGUUUUCAAUUUCGAUUUAAAAUAUUAUAUCCAAUGGCCAGUACACACAUUUCUAGGGAUGUUUAGUUAUCACUGUGAGGGACGUUGGAGCAAAUGAAGCUCAGAAACACAGACCUUAAGCCUGUAAUGUCCGAGUAAUAACACUACAGACUGGUCACCAAAAUCUUCCAACUCGCCUACCUAGAUUUCAUUCUUGUAAUCCUGUGUUCUGCAUGUUUGGAGGAUAAUAACCACAAUUUCUUUAACUGUCAUCAAACACAGACAUAAGCUCACCUUGAAGCUAAAUCAGUUAUUUAACUUUUGAGUAUGUAGAUAUUGGACUGAGCUUUGGGAAGGCGAUUUAGAUAAAACAUCUGCAGUCAACUCUAGCGAUGCUAUCAACACGUGUGUGUUUCAGAUGGUUGUGUCGUCGUGUGUGGCUCGUGAUAUUUUCAAGUUGCAUAUUCCCUCAAACUUUUAAUUAUUUUUUUUACAUGUGUACUGCCAGACAGGCAGGAAAUACAACACAUUUCUUUAAGAGGGCAGGAUGGAGGGAUUUAGUCCAUGAAGUUGGAUAACACUACACAUUUCUCGCUGUGUGUAAAGACAAUGUUUUCAGUUGCUAACUCCCACAAUCCAACAAUGGGUGAAAUGUGUAUCUCUCAAGUGUUAGCUUGGAUUGACAUCUAGGGAAGUCUUCCUAACUAUUGUCAAUGUAAACUGAUUUAGUAUUGUUUUCCUCUGGCAUGUAUUUUUGCUGUGUAUAUGUAGGAGCCGUUCCAAUGCUGUUAAAUUUGCACAAAACGUG